CGCGCGGGAGCGCGCACCGGCAGUGGGGGGAGGUGUCACAGCCGUGCCCGCGCACACGCGCGUGCAAACCCCCGCCCCGCGUCCCUCGGCAGUUAAUGAGGAUCAGCUCAUUAACGGGGAUUAACGCCUAUCUAUAGGGCGGCGGCGGGGGGAGUCCCGCGGCGGGGCCGCGCCGUCCCGCGGGGGUCCCCGGUCCCGCCCCCGGCCCCGGCCCCGCUCCGGCCGGUGCCCGGUCCCGGCCCGUUCCGGGGCGGAGCCGCUCGGCACCGAGCGGGGAGCGGAGCCGUUUCCCCCCGCUCGCAGCCCGGGGCGGGGCGGGGGGGUCGCUCUCAGCCCCACCCGCCAUGCCGGGGGUCCCGCUGCCCUUCGUCCCCCUCCUCCUCCUCCUCCUCCUCCUCCUCCUGGCCGCGGCUCCCGCCCAGCCCUUCCCGCGGGACCUGGCGGCUCGCAGCACCGUGGGGCUGGCAGCCACGGCCGCGUACCCGCGUUUCGAGGGGCUGCGGGGGGACAACGGCACGGCGCGGCUCGGCCUGGACUUCCAGCGGAUGCUGCGGCUCAACGGGACGCUGCUGGUGGCUGCCCGGGACCACAUCUACGCCUUCGACCUGCGGCAGGACAAGGGGACGCUGUACCCGGAGCGGCACCUCACCUGGGAGACGCGGGACAGGGACAACUGCGCCAUGCGGGGCCGGCGGCAGGACGAGUGUCACAACUACAUCCGGGUGCUGGUGCCCCGCGACGCCGAGACGCUGCUGGCCUGCGGCACCAACGCCUUCAGCCCCCUGUGCCGCACCUACCAGGUGAGCAGCCUGGCGCAGCAGGGUGACGAGGUCAGCGGCCAGGCGCGGUGCCCCUUUGACGCCAAGCAAAGCAUCGUGGCUCUGUUUGUCGAUGGCAGCCUGUACUCGGCCACGGUGGCGGAUUUCCAGGCGAGCGAUGCCGUGAUCUACCGCAGCCUGAGCCCCGGGCAGGCUCCCCUGCGCACCCUCAAAUACAGCUCCCGCUGGCUGCAGGAACCCCACUUUGUCCAGGUGCUGCCCUACGGCCCCUACGUCUACUUCUUCUUCAGGGAGGUGGCGGUGGAGCUCAGCGCCCUGGGCAAGGUGCUGGUGGCCCGCGUGGCCCGCGUGUGCCGCAAUGACCGCGGCGGGUCCCCGCGGGUGCUGGAGCGGCGCUGGACGUCCUUCCUGAAGGUGCGGCUGCAGUGCUCCGUGCCCGGCGACACCGUCUUCUACUUCGAUGUCCUGGAGGCCGUGACACCCCCGCAGACCCUGCACGGGCGCCCCGCUGUCCUCGCCCUCUUUGGCACCCAACCCAACAGCAUCCCCGGCUCGGCCGUCUGCGCCUUCUAUCUGGCAGACGUGGAGCGGUCGUUCGAGGGUCCCUUCGCCGAGCUCCGCGGGGCCACCUGGAGCGCAGUGCCGGAGGACAGGGUCCCUCAGCCCAGGCCGGGCUGCUGCGCCGGGAUGGGACCCGCGGCCGCUGUUGUCACCUCUGGGGACUUUCCCGACGAGACGCUGCUGUUCGCCAAGGAGCACCCGCUGCUGCACGGAGCCGUGAGCCCGGCGGGCGGGCGGCCGCUCUUCACCCGCACCGGCACCAGGCUGACACAGCUGGCCGCGGACACGGGCGCGGGGCCCCGCGGCGACCGCACCGUGCUGUUCCUGGGCGCCGAGGACGGGCGGGUGCUGAAGGUCCUGGCAGCUGCACAGCGGCCCGAGGUCACCCAGCGCCGCGGGGGCACCGCGGCACCGGGGGACAGCCGAGAGCGGGGGGACAGCGGGGACAGCGGGGACACGGCGCUGCUGCUGGAGGAGAUCAGUCUCUACGAGCCCGGGCGGUGCCGCAGCCCGCGCGGGGCCGGGGUCCCCAGCCGGGUGCUGGGGCUGGAGCUGCACCUGCCGGGCCGGGAGCUGCUCGUGGCCUUCGCCGGGUGCCUCCUGCGGCUGCCGCUGAGCCGCUGCGGCCGCCACGGCUCCUGCCGAGGGAGCUGCCUGGCCGCCCGGGACCCCUAUUGCGUCUGGCUGCCCUCCAGGGGCUGCGUCCCCUUUUCCGAGGACCUGCCGAGUGGCUUCCAGCAGGACACGGAGGGAUCCCUCGGCAUCAGCGGGAGCUGCCAAGGGGCUGCACGGGACAGUGACGAGGACGGGGACCUGGCCCACGGGGUGCGGCACCCCGGGCCGGAGCCCGAAGCCACGGUGCCGGUGCCGGUGCUCGUGGGCUGCGUGCUGGGCGCCUUCGCCCUGGGAGCGCUGGCCACCGGGCUGGUGGCCACCUGCUGCCAGCGCCCCGCCGUCCCCAAAGCCCCCCCGGAGCCGCCGUGCGCCCCCCGGACCCCGGCCCCGCCGCCCGUGCCCCGCCUGUACCCGGCUCUGCCCCCGCGGGCCGAGCCCGAACCCGAACCGGACCCCGACCCCCAGCCCAAACCGGAGCCCCCCGCGCUGCCCCCCGCCCGCGCCCCCCGGCCCCGGGAGCCCCGGCGCGGCCCCGCCGCAGCCCCGGAGCCCGCGGAGCCCCCCGGGCCGGGCCCCCCCGAGCUUGUGCAGCGGCUGCAGGGGGGCUCGGCGUGGCCCGGGACCCCCGCGAGCAGCGGCUCCUUCGCCAACCGGGUCCUGCCUCGCUGCGCGGGCCCCGCGGCCCCGCUGGGCCCCCACGACCGGGCCCCGCUGCGGGUGGACCUGCCCCCCGACAGCCCCCCGGCCCCGCGGCGGCCGCUGGCGCAGAGCCACUCGCUGGGGGGGGUCCCGGUGAGCCCCCCCGGGCCGGCGCGGGGCCUCACCCGCAUGCACUCGCUGGGGACCCCGGGGGGCUCGGCCUGGGCGCCCCGCCACGGACUCCUGGAGCGCUCCCUGUCCCUGAAACCCCCCCUGCUCCCCAAGCCGCUGCUGCUGCCCGCGGCCCCGGGACAGCCCUGGGAGACCCCCGGGACACCCUGAGAGACCCCCGGGACACCCUGAGACCCCCG